AUCAUUCCGUUCUUUCCGUUUGACCAACUUUUAGUCUCACGACCUUCUUUCGUUCGUUUGUAAAAGAACACGAAAUCAUCUCACAUGUUCAUCACUUAAGAACAAUACAGACACACACACACAAAUACACACGCACACACAUUAAUGUCUUAAUUUACAUAAACAUAUUUUGACAAUUAUACACACGCACGCGCGCGCGCGUGCAGAGUUGUCAUCUCGCCCUAGGUUGGUCGUGAUCCAAGACAGGCGUAUGAUCAAAAGCCGUUCCAACUAUGCCAAUCCGGUCUCUUUCUUUCGGGACAUCAACGACUGCAAUAUCCAACGUCUCGUCUCUUUCUUGAGAUUAUGGAGCUUAAUUUGAGGGUUUUUUAAAGUAUUUUGGACGUGCUGACCAAACAAUGCCUCGCCAUACCAAAUGGUGGCAUGUCUGAUGUGAGCAAUGGCCGUAUCUACUUCAGUGUACCUCCACCACCUCCACCGCAACCAACAGACCGGAACCUCCGUGUCCUGUCCCAACUCUGUAUGCAGGCCGCUACGCCGAUGACAUCAUCACGAUCGGCAACAAUGCCGGUGACGACUGUCACCUUCCCAGAUGAGGACAGCCGCUCCCUUGGAUAUAAGGCGUACCAGACGCUAAUCAACGGACGUAGUUGUAAUGGUUCAGAUUCAUCUCAGCCCCGACCCGUGUGCCUCUCCUUUGGACAUUCAGUUGAAGGGGUGUUACAAAAGGGACCCCAGUGUGGCUUUGCGGCCCUCUACAUGGGUGCACGUCUUUGGAAGAUGGACAGUUUUUCACUUGAUCGACUGGUCAACAUUGGUCAGCAGAAGGGAUACACCAUACAAGGAGAACUGUUUUCAGCUUACUUUAUGGAAGACCUCGCUCGAGAGUUCUGCUACUCCCAAGUGGUUGACACCGCUAAACUUUGUCUCAACGUCAUCUGGGAAUGUCUCCUGCAGGGAUAUCUCAUACUCGUGCCUUAUGAUUCUGACAAAAACUACCAACCGUGUCUGAAGAGGGGACAUAAGGCCCACUGGUCACUUCUCACAGGUUGUUUCAUAGUUUUGAAACAUUCCUGCAAACCGUUUCUGCAGAAUUGUUUUGAGCAAGAUUUAGAUGAACCGUCGUUGUUUCACACAGACAUCGACGAAGAUCAUAUCGACCCAGAAGUACGGAAGAAUCUAGUCAAUAACAUUGAAGAAAUAUUUGUCUACACAAUGCAGGGUAAGAGUCGAAGGCCUGGAAUAUGGUCCCUUAGGGAUCUUUUAGCCAGCAACCAGAACCUUUUACAAGUAAGUCCAGUACGAAAUAAUGAAACAUAUGUGAUACCGCCCAAUGGCAUUGAGAAUGAACUCUGUGGUAAAAUCGUACUUUUGAGGCCAAAAUAAGCCUGAUAUCAAAAUUUGGCAAUAUUUGCCAGGUUCCCACCCCAGUUCGAUCGUCCCCGCUCAUGCACAUAUAAGGCCGGUUACUUAUCUUCGUCCUUCCACCCUCACCUUCCUCCCACUUCUGUCUCUGUUUGACCCACCAAUUUUGUGUUUUUUAAACAUUUCUUGCCACCUCUUCCCUUAUAUCUAACUGCCAUACAUUUCUCACCUAUUCUAGUCUUCCUAACUAUAAUACACACACAUGCACAAACACACAUACACACACACACACACAUACAUGCAUACAUAUAUAUACACACACACACACACACACACAUACAUAUAUACAUAUAUAUAUAUAUAU